GGAGAUAGUCGAUGUAUAAAUAAGCAUGUUUUCGAUUUCGGAAUACUGGAUGUUUUCCAUUGCAAAAACUAACACAUUUGCGUGAACCGUUGACGUGUUUGAAACUUGGAUUAAUAUCUUUAUUUUGUGAGCUCACCAUAUAAUACACGUCGACAUGGGCGCCAGGGUGCAGCCCUACUUCAUUCUUACCGCUGAGAAAGUCACUAACCCACGGGAUUUAGAAACGCUCCAACCUAUUAAGCCAAUAAAAAUCGGUUACCUGGGUGACCAGAUAAAUCCCCUGACCCCGCCCCCUUCAGGUGUCUCCGGUAGUGAGCUUGGGAUUUUGGCUCUGGACGAGAAUCUUGUUGAGAAGAAGAAAAAUAAAAAGAAGAAAAAAGUUAAGUAUACGAUUUCGGUUAGAGAGAUUCGAAAGAAGUCGCCGCUGAAUAAAAAGUUGGCGUCAAUAAAAGAGAAGUUAGAAAAAUCAAGAGAACGAAUUAAUGGGCAAAGAGCGAAACUUAGUGAUAUUGAUCUUAAAUGUGAACCUGUGAAUACGAGUAAAGCGGACAUGAGUUACGAUCAGGCGACGUUUCCUUUCCGAAUGGAUAGGUCCGUGUCGGAUAUGGGUCCUAGCUCCCUUGCAAAGUCCCGUAAUGCUAAUUUAGGGAGCAGCCCUUUUGUGUACUUCGUUGUGUCUGAAGAGAGGAUUAAGGAUGCUGACUUUGUUCUGGAAGACGGCGACAGGGUUGUGAGUAAAAGUGCUGAUAAAAGGCGGAGAGUGAGACUUGUGGAAGAGAAUCGGUUAAAACGCGACCGGAAGGAGAAGCUUAGCCAGUCGGCUAAAUUUCGUGGACUCGCGCGUGAGGUCGGUCUGAAUAAUAACCAAGGAGGUCCUAAACCGUCGGAGGAAUCGCCGACGGUUAAAGGCGGUCCUAAAGAGCUGGUAUUUCCGGGCCCUGAUUACGAGUCCACACGCCCAACGACGACGACGGCAUACCGCAAGGGUACUCGCCUGAUCCGCAGUCCGCCGAAAAUACCACCAGGGACACCCGCGACGACCCAUGGAUCGCAUUCGGACGUUCCUUUGGAGAUCAACGGGUUUGACGUGGACGACACCGUUCCCCGGAAGCCGUUUCUGUCACGUCCCAUGUACAACGGCAAAUCUCGCGGCAUUCAAGCUUUGUCUCAAAGUAAUUUUGAGCUACCAACGAUUUCCGCAGACCAGCGUCGCCGUAAUCUCGGACUCGGAACGAGAUUUGAAGAGUUCGCCUAUCCGAAACCAUCUUCGGAACAACGACAGAGGAAGGUGUCCUUUGCGGAGCAACUUCCGGUAAUUAGAGGGAGCGGCUUUGUUCUGAAUAGUGCAGAUCUACGGCAUGAUCCCGAAAUCCCGUCCCUCGGGCCUAGAGCAAACACCAUGGGGACCAUAACACUUCCGUCAGAAAACGUUGAUAAACAAGCCGUCUGUCAACGAUUCGUCGCCGGGGAAAACAUGACUGGCUCGCGACAAAACCGGAAGUUUGGGAUUCCGCUUCCGAUUGCGAAAAUAGACAUUGUUUCAAACUUGUACGAUGAGAUGAUUAUUAAAAUGAUACAGGAAUACUUACAGGACUCCAACACGCCUAGCCGGCAGUCACAGCUAGCUCGCGAGUUGUUGGUACAUCUUCAGAAGCACAACGAACACAUGAAGGAGCUCAAUGUCCCAAAUCUGGACAAAAAUAAGAUCAAAAAGUCUGAACUCGUGAAGCAUAAAAAUAAAGCACAAAGAUUACUGAAUGAUAUCAACUUCCCAGCACCACCGAAUACGGCGGAGGAAUCGGCGCCGAAAGGCUUGAAUUCACCCUCGAAAGAAAACGGGUUACCCUCAUGAAUUCGGCGUAGAGGAGUCGCCGGAAGUUCCUAUGGAACCGGAACCUGAGCCUCCUGCUCCGGAAGUUUCGCCGAGGACAGUUCCAUUUGUUCAGAUCACUUUCAAAAACCGCCCAGACGUACCUGUUCCCCAAGAAGAGCCUGUGUCCGGUACGCCCGCAUCAAUUUUAAGAGACAAACAACUGAAGGGCGAUCCUAGCGAAAAACGCCCCGGAAGUAGGCCUGUCCUAACACCAGUGCAGCCCACGUCGUUUAAGAUGGUACCACCCGGUCUUAGUAAGGAAGAUAGUUUUGUGUCGAUUUCAUCAAAGGCAUGAAAGUGAAAAAAUUAUACUUACGCGUAUAGGUGAUUACAAAUCCGAACAACCGGAAGUACUAAUAACUUAAUGACCGGAAGUGGAAUGAUUUAAUGUCUUUUGAUGAUUAAAGUGCGUUGGAAAUAUUGUUAUAUGAAAAGUGCUACAUAAAUGAGUAAUUGUUGAAUAAGGGACUAUAUCGAAGACAACCCUUUACUUGACUAUAUAAACUGAUAUGUAUCAAUCGUUAGGCAUAUUCAAAGAACCCAAAUUGAAAGUCCGGGUAAAAUAAAUGUAUUUAAUUAACCCAUUUAUGCCUAGCGUCUAGAAAAAAGGCCUUUGUAAACAGCGUAGACCAAUAUGAGACGCCACAUCAUGCCUCUGCGCUGUUUGCUUUAAGGAAUUUCUGUAAGAAUAUUCUCAAUAUAGAAAUAAAUAUACUAGACAUCCCUAAAUUUGGAAAUAAAUUGAACCAAAUUAGAAGGAUGGGAGAGUCCACUCGGCUUAAAUGGGUUAAGCGCUAAUAUAUAAAUGGUACAAUAUUCGUGUAUUAAUUCGUGGGUCGCAGUGAAAUUAAGAACUACAGACAAUAUCGGUCGGCGAUUGUCCAGUCAUAGUGUUCAAAGCGAUUUGUCCAGGGUUUUAAAGGCACGUGAUUUGAAGACACGUGACUUGGAUUUGAAGUGGCGUGAUUGAAUGAUACAACCGUCAUCAGUAAUCAAUUGGUCAACUCAGAUAUGGACUGAAGUGGUCCUGCCGAAUAAGUGAUGGAUUUUGUUCGACCGAUUGAAAGUUAAACAGUGUCUAUCACCAUUAUUGUUUUGUCGUAUUUAUUGCACGUUUGAUCGUUAACAAUUCAGUGACGUGUUCAUACAUUUUAAGACUAAAAGUGCAUACAUACGUUUGACGGCGUAACAUAUAAGUAAGGGCAAAGAAAAGUCCCGUUUCCCGUUUCUGUGGUCCCUUACUUUUUUUGAGGGCAUGAUGCAAGAACCAGGCCUACUUUUAUUUAGACUUUUUUGAUUUAACCCUUUACCACUUGGAUAAGUAUUUUGACGCAUUUGUAGUCCCUUAUAAAGUUGAAUAUAACUUAAGACCUUUCUAACUAGAUUAAAGUUUUAAACUCUUCAUUCCCAACCCUUCGAUGCUGAUGAGCAGCAACCAGCAUAAAACCUGAACAGACUGCGAGUUACUCUCAGGUUGUUCUGGUUUUAUGUUGUUUGCACAUAGUCAUUUUCACUUUGCUUCUGAGUGGGAAAUGGUUAAAAGAAGACAAAACACACAUUUUGCAUGACAUUUUUUUUAAAUGCACAAAGAUAAAGAUGUUGUUAAUAUAUCGUUACAUUACUAGUCCUUCAACAAAAGUCGUUUCCCUUACAACACGUGUAUGUUCGGAAUUAUGUUUUGAUUGCGUGCUACUUAGAGUGCAUGAAAUCGCGCUGUUAUCAUCAUCAUCUUUUUAUGUGUCAAUAUUUUUGUUGUUAUUUUGUUGUUGUUAUUUUUUAUUGUUGCCGUAAUCUGCAGUUUAGCCAAGAACACUAUACUGACCUAUUACACUUCUACUAAUAAGUUGUAUUACACAAAGUCGACUCAUGAAUGGUUAGCCCGCUAAAUUUUACUAGCCUUUAUUGAAUUUUAAUCAAUUGUCAACACUUUAACAGUGUGUAAACAUUUAAUAAUUAACGAAACCAUUGUUCUUUUAUCGCUAAUAUCCAUGUUUUUAACUGAGCGGGCGAUAAAAGAUUGUUGUGUAAUGUUGAAGAUCCUUAAGUGCUUUUCAAAUUUAAUAUAUUUUUAAAGUAUCACUAAAGACAAUUGCACUAAUCAAUACCUGAUCAAACAUGAAUUGUUCAAUAGGUGAUUAAUAUCAGGCUGUCUAGCGUAUAUCGUCAAUAAUAUGCUCAUGUAUAAAAUGUAUGUUUAAGUAUUGAUUUAUUUUUUGCUUAAUUCUUAUUAAAUAAUCUUUACUGUAAACCUUUAGUUAAACGGCCAUCAUUAUUGCGCGUUAGGUUUUGUAGAGAGCGUCAGAAAUGAAAAAGAAAACAGAUAAGAACGUUAAAUGUUAUGAAACAAAUACGCUGAUCUAAAAGUGUACUCAAUAUGGGCCGUGCUCUGUGAAAAGGGGGUUUAAUGAAUGUGCGUAAAGUGUCGUCACAGAUUAGCCUAUGCAGGCCGCACAGGCUAAUCAGGGACGACCCUUUUUGCUUUCAUGGUAUUUUUCUUUUACAGAAAGUCUCUUCUUUUUGCAAAAAAAAUCCAGUUUAGAUGGGAAGUGUCACACAUGCUUUAAACACCCUUUUCACAGAGCACGGCUCAAUUUUUUUUUCGUUAAAAACGACACAAAAAUUAUGGGCUUAAAUUAUUCAACAUGAAUUUUUUUAGCAAACGUUCUGCACGCCUUUUAAAAUGGACGGCGAUUUACGUGUUAAUAUAAGGCCUCUUGACCAAUUUGUUAGCGUGAUAGAUUUGUUAUGCAAAUAGACAAUGAUAAUAAUACCUUUGUUACUAAUACUUCGAACACAUUGAACUCGCAGCAAUGAUCUGUGAAUUAGUCCGAGAAAAGAUUAUGCGAACCCUCAGAUACAUGUAGCAAAACGGUCUGGACUGCAUUUGCCAUGCGUCAUGCGAAAAUCUGUCGUAUGCCAUAUGUGGCCAUCGUGCCUCUAAACAAGCAUGUGCAAUCGUGCAGUCUGGUUUGGGCUUUACUGUCCGCUAUAAAGUCACGCAAGGGGUCUAUUAAGGUAGACAGGGUAGCUCCUGACAAGACUACGCGGAUGCUCAGGCUGAGCUGGAGCUACGCCGGCCGCUCAUGUCAUAAGACCCAUUUUCGCAUGAUGCGGGUCAUUUACAAUAAAUGUUUCAUUUAAACAUACAGCGCGGCAUAUUUGCGCCAUAUAUGCAUUGCUUUUUAAUUUGUAUUAUUUAAAGUGCGUACCAAUUUUUGUUAAUACAGUGUUGUAUACAUG